AUGGAUACCACGUUCAUCACCAUUCACGACCUGUCCCCGGAUGCUCGCAUCCUCUACUCCUCCGACUCAAUCGUUGAUAUUCUCGGGCACACUCCCGAUGAGGUCGUCAACCAGUCAGUCUGGGAAUGGUUCCAUCCAGAUGAGGUCCCUUUUGCAAAGGCAAAACACGACCGUGGUGUUCGUCUCGACAAGGCUGCUGUUCUUGCGUAUGCCCGCAUUAGGAACCGCCAGGGUGACUAUGUAGGCUGCGAGUGCUGUUUUUCCGUUGUCUACGAUGUCAUGGUUUGCUGUACUAGUAUCUACCGCCACGGCAUGGAGAGCCAAAAGCGAGCCGUAGAGGCCCCCCUGGUACGACGCAUGUUCGCGUCUUCUCCCAAAGAUCCCCGUUAUCAUAUGUUGUCGCAUCUGUCCAGCAAGUUCGCUCUGGGUGAUGAGGAGCAGACGCACGAACCGCGCGCUGCUUUGUUCUUAAAUCGUUUUACUCGGUCGUUAACCGUCAUGUAUGCCACCAGCGGCAUCGAGCAGAUCCUAGGCAUUUCUAGCGAGGCCAUGAAGGGCCGUAGCUUCUACUAUUGCAUCCAAGAGAACUGCCUUGCCGACGCAGUGCGAUGCCUGGAAUCUGCAAAGGGUAAUGAUAGUAUCGCCUAUCUGCGCUUCUGGUUCCGUGAUCCUCGCCAGCACGAUCCGCCUGCCGACGAUGCCACGUCUGGCGAGAGCGAGGAUGAGACCAUGACAGACGUCACCACCUCCGACGAUGAAUCAGAGGCUGGGGUCGGACGUCAAUCCACUUCUGGCGCAGAAUCCUCCAGCAACGGCCUUUCCAACCCAUCAAGUGGCUCGAAUGGUAAUAGUUCGGGCCACCGUACGGGAUCGGGACAGACCAGCUCGUUGCACCAAUCCGACAGUAGAUCAUUGGCAUCAUCCACAAGCGGUGCCUCGCCAAACUCGGAAGCCCUCGACGAGCCUAUUGAGCUGGAAGCAGUGGUCUCGUGUACCUCGGAUGGGUUGGUCGUGUGUCUCCGCCGCGCUCGCCCAAGCAUACCAACGGCAGCAAUGCCAAAUGCUCAACCAUCGUACCCCAACGGAGUCUAUGCUGCUCCUUGGGCUCACGAGCCCAUAUUCGAGCCAGCGCUCCCUCACCAUCUACCAUAUCCACUUGGCGCUCAGCAUCCGGCAAUGGCGCAAGCAGGUCCUUCGCCUGCCUUCCAGAGCGGAUUCAUGCAGGCUAUCCGUGAUGUGGCCGUCUUCGCUUGGGCUCUUACCGGCAUCAAUGGCAACCUUGCUGGAUACGCCAAAGGCAGCCCGUUGGGCGAAAGCCAACCUCCUGACGGAUUCCCUAUCUGGGACCCGGAGCAGGCCCAGAAGCUCUCUGGACCACCUUCUGGAUAUGUCUCUGGAUCCGGCAGUUCGUCCAGCAAUGAUCCAUUUGGCGACCCUGGUCUGAACUGA